AACAAUUCACAGUUUGCUGUUAAACGGCUGAGGGGGUAAGGAUGCACGCGCAGUGGUCGGUGCUCGGGAUUCUUUGGAGUCUGACAGUUCUGGUGACCAGCAUCCGUGCCGCACGAGUACUUAGUGGUCAGACGGUGUGUGAUGGCCCGGAGCAGCCGUGCUAUAAAAUCGCCUAUUUCAGAGACGUAUCGAGCCGCGUGUCGUUCUGGGAAGCCCUGCGGGUGUGUGAGGUGGACGGCGGAUCACUGCUGAGCAUAGAAAGUCCAGCCGAGCAAAAGCACAUUGAGAGACUUCUUCAGGAUCUUAGCAAGACCGCAGUGGGUUCUGGUUCCCGACCCAGCAUUGACGAUGGAGAUUUCUGGAUUGGCCUGACUCGUGUUGAUGAUGAGAGUGAGGGGGAACAUGGGAGCUUUACAGCCUGUCCAGAUCUGUACAGAUGGACAGACGGUGUUGUAUCACAGUUCAGGAACUGGUACUAUGAUGAGCCGUCGUGUGGUGGGGAGGCGUGUGUGGUGAUGUACCAUCAGCCCACUGCUAACCCUGGGAUAGGAGGGAAGUACCUUUAUCAGUGGAACGAUGACAGGUGCACCAUGAAGCACAAUUUCAUCUGCAAGUACGAGCCAGAGAGCCACUUGGUGAAAGAACAUGGAGACAGACCUGCAGGUCGAGAUUUAGAUGUUUUAACAGAUCAUGAAGAAAAAAUCAAAACAUCUGCUGUCAAUGAGUCUGCUGUCACCAUUGCAGGACCUUCAAGUAUGCUGCUGAUUUAUGUGAUUAUACCCACCAUUCCUCUGCUCCUGUUGAUCCUUGUGGCCUUGGGGACGUGCUGCUUUCAAAUGCUGAGCAGGAGUAAACCACAAACAAAAACAAGCGUGGACCAGACAACACUUUGGAUCUCAAAGACACCAAAGUCCGUCACUGCAAUGGAGGUCUAA